AUGGGGUUAUUGGCGAAGACGAGAGAUUGCAGAUUAAUGGAAGAUAUGGUUGAAAAGUGGAGAGACAGUGAAGAGGUGAAUUUAAAGAAGAGAGAUGCGGUUGUUUUUGUGGAGGAUAGAAGCAGGGGCAUUGGUGGUAGUAUUCUAGCCAGCACUGCUGUCGGUGAUGGCUAUGAGGCUGUUUCGCCGGCUGACGGUGUACCCGCUUAUUGCGAAAUCCCUAGACUGAUAGAAAACCUUGCUUCAAGCCUCAAUGGUGGUUCACUAAUGGAUGUUCAAAUUAGGGAUAGCCUGUAUAAUUUCAGCAUAGUUACUUGUCAGCUAGCACUCAGGCUCUCAAAUGGAAAGAGAGAAAGUGGAGAGAUUGAUAUUGUCCUUAUAGAUGCUAUAUGCCCUAUUUUGAUAUCGAAGAGAGUAUUGCUCGCAUCUAGCAUUGAACUGAUGUUUUUGUUGCUGGGCAGAGCAAAGCUGGUGAAAGGCCAGGGGCAGAGCAAAGCUGGUGAAAGGUCAGGGCAGAGUAAACCUGGAGAAAGAAGUAGUUCUACAGGAACACCAUCGAUAAGUAAAUCAAUUACUAGUUUGGAAGCCAUGGGCGUACGUGUAUUCGGCCUUGAUGAACCACUUGUUGGUAAUGCCAAAGAAGAGGUAUCAUGGGAUACCAUUGCUGGCUAUGAUCAGCAAAAGAGGUAUUUAAAAUGCGGGGCUUUGACGGUGAAUUAUUUCUGA